CCACAGCAAACCGCGCACGGCGCGCGGCAGCCCACGGGGGCAUCCGUGCGGGCACCGCGAGAUGAGUCGCGCGUCGCCCAACGCGUCGCUGGCGCCGCCGCCGCCGCCGGAUGACGACGACAACGGUAUCGAGCCACCGCAGCUCCUCUCCUACCACCCGGCCCUCGGGCUGGGCGAGGCCGCCCCACUGGUGCAGGGCCUUGCCGUGGCGCUCUACGUCGUCGGCUGCGCUUUGGACGCAGCGCUGGUGGCGGCCAUCUCCUGCCUGCCGGCGCUCCGCCGCAAGGCGAUGUUCUGCUUCAUGGCCAGCCUGGCGCUCGCGGACCUCCUGCGCGCCCACGCGGGGCUCGCGCUCCUCCUGUUCGCUCGCCCGGGGCUGCCCGGGGCCGCCGCGGUGCCACUGUCGCUGUCCGCGUGCCGCGCUCAGCUCUUCUUCUUCUCGUUCACGUCCAGCGCCGGGUUCGCCUCCGUCACCAGCAUGCUGCUCGACAGGUACCUGGCCAUCUGCCACCCGUUCCACUACCUCCGCUGCACGCACGGCGGCCGCGGCACCUGCGUGGCGCUGGCGGUGGGCUGGGCGGCCUCCCUCGCCGUCGCCGCCUCCUUCCUGGGGGCCUCCCUGCACCUGCGCGCCUGCCCGCCCCCCGGCGGCUCCGAGGGGGCCCCCGCCACGCGGCCCCCCCGACCCCCGCGCCUGCCGGGCCUCAUGUGCGACCACAUGUCGCUGGCCGUCGCCUCGUGCCACAGCUCGUCCUCGGACGUCGCCUUCGAUUCGGCCUUCACCGGCGUCAUGUCCACCGCCUUCCUGCUGCUCAGCACCUUCACCUACGCCAAGGUGACGCGGGAACCCCCAGCCCCAAGGGCUCCCACGUGAGCUGGUGGUCUGGGCAAGGCCGACGCUCGGUCGCGUCACUCGGGCGCUGCCUUCCUCGCUGCCGUGCGUGUGCGUGAGCGUGUGUGAGUGUGUGUAUGCGAGCGUGUGUGUGUGUGCGAGUGU